AGAAAGACAGAUCUUGCAUAUACACCCACUGCACUGUUGACGGUGUAUAAACUCAGAAGGGUAUUCUGCACUCAUCGAGGAUUGUCUUCGAAACACUAGUAGAUUCCCCGAGGAGUUCCGGAUGCUAACCAGGGCACUCUGGUUAUCAGAACCUGCACCAAUCAACCAAACUAUGGCGGCGGUAACAAGUGACGGGAAUGUAAAUGUUUUUAACAUCGAAGCAAUGCCACCUCCUGCUUCGCAGAAAAAAAUUGGUCAGUUACCAGAUGACGUCAUCAAACAGUAUUUCGUAAACGGAUACGUGAUUGUAGAAAACUUUUUCAAACCGGAAGAACUGGAUCCUUGUAAAACAGCAAUAAAUGAGCAGUUGGAUUCACUGGCAGAACAGUUAUUGGCGAAAGGGAAGAUAAAGGAACUCUACAAGGAAUAUGGAUUCUACGAGAGGCUUUCCAUGAUCGAGCGUGACUUCCCAGGGACUAAUAUUGUGCUGCAUAAAUUGGGAAAACUCCCGCAGGCUUUCAAAGACUUAUGGACCAAUGAACGCCUCCUAAACGUCGUUGAACAACUAAUCGGCCCAGACAUUGCUGGGCACCCGGUAUGGAAUCUGAGAACAAAGACACCCCAAAACGAGGCUACUACUGUGCCAUGGCACCAAGAUUCCGCCUACCUGGACAACGACUCCUACAAAGUGUUACAGCCGACAGCCUGGAUACCACUGAUAGACGCUACCGAGCAAAACGGAUGUAUGCAGGUGGCGCACCGUGGUCAUAAAACCGGCAAAGUUGCUACACACCAAUGUUGCUAUGGAGGCACGUGGUACGUAAUGCUAGAAGAGGAGGAAAUGGCCAAAUCUUUAGAUGUGAACUUAGAGACGGAUAUCAAGACGUGUCCGAUUCCGUAUGGUGGUAUGCUGCUUCUGAACAACAUGAUACCACACAGGAGUCUGCCAAACAUAUCAAAACAAAUUCGUUGGAGUUUGGACUUACGUUGGCAGAAGCCGUCACUUCCUUUUGGAUUUUACAACAUGAAAGCUGGUGUUCUGAUGAGGACGUCAAAUGAUCCUAACUACAAAAUUGACUGGGAUGCAUUCGAGGGUGUCGAUCGCCACGACAAACAGAGAGAAUCUGUAAAGGAUAUUCUUGAGCCCUCGACUGAUCCUGAUUUUGACACGACAAUACAAGGCCCCUGGAUGAAGAAGUGGGAAAUCGUCCACAUGAACCAGCACACUGCUAAACUAACGGACGGCACCAUGAGCUCCUGGCAUGGCCAUAAAGCAUAAAACACUGCAACAUUAUAUCAGCCGAUUCUGAAUGACCAAUCUAUUCAGGGACUGUUCUACAAAAGAAUGAAUAUUUCCGUAUGUCGGUUUAAUGGAUAAUAAUGCUAACUGAAACAGACAAUGCUUUGUUUCGAUUGUCAUCCUUUGUUUCACAUUGAAACUUAUUCAUCCUUUUUGUAGUAGACAUUAAGAUGGAAACAAAGCGAAUGUUGUUAAAGUUCGAUAAGAAGCCAUGAUACCUGACAAAAAUAACACACGGAGAUAAAGGGACAUUUUAAUCAAGGUUAAAAGAUAAUUGUUACCGAAUCCGAGAUCUUACCUGUAUGCGACAGUUCUUCAUGGAUUAGGUAAAUCCUGAUUCCUUGUGCAAUUAUUCACAAAUGAUCCGAUUGAUGUAUAAAUAUGUUUAUUGUUGAGAUAUUAUGAUGGUUAAGUUUAAAGUUCAAUUAAAAUAUUUAUGAUUGUGU